GCCCCGCCUCUUGGAAAUCCAACUUGGAUCUGCCGGGGAGGGAGAGCCAGAGCCGGACUCUCGUCUCCCGGCCGUUGCGCUGCGACCGUUGCCAUCUCCACGCCUCCGCCGCCGGGGGAAACUGAGGCCGCGGACCGCUGAUCGGCUCCGGCCAGUCCUGCCGGCGGGCCUUCCCUCCCUCCCUCCCGGGGCGCUGGACGACAGAGCCCGGCGCUCUAUGCGAGGGGCGAGGGGGCGAGUGGGGGAAGACCCUCCCCAGCCGGGACGGUCAGGAGGAGGAGGACGAGGAGGAGGAGGAGGAAGAAGAGACAGGUAAAGGCCGGGGCCCGGGUGGAUGCUCCACCAGGACCAGCCGCUGGCGGAGGGGGGCAUCACCCCCAUGGGGGCCCUGCGGGCGGACGGGGGCAACUGGACCCCCAACGGGACGGCCCCGGGGGGCGCCCGGGCCACCCCCUACUCGCUGCAGGUGACCUUGACCCUGGUCAGCCUGGCGGGGCUGCUGAUGCUGCUGACGGUCUUCGGCAACGUGCUGGUGAUCAUCGCCGUCUUCACCAGCCGGGCCCUCAAGGCCCCCCAGAACCUGUUCCUGGUGUCGCUGGCCUCGGCCGACAUCCUGGUGGCCACGCUGGUCAUCCCCUUCUCGCUGGCCAACGAGGUGAUGGGCUACUGGUACUUCGGCAAGGCGUGGUGCGAGAUCUACCUGGCGCUGGACGUGCUGUUCUGCACCUCGAGCAUCGUGCACCUGUGCGCCAUCAGCCUGGACCGCUACUGGUCCAUCACGCAGGCCAUCGAGUACAACCUCAAGCGGACGCCGCGGCGCAUCAAGGGCAUCAUCCUCACCGUGUGGGUCAUCUCGGCCGUCAUCUCCUUCCCGCCGCUCAUCUCCCUGGAGAAGAAGGGCGGCGGCGAGCAGGUGGAGCCGCUCUGCGAGAUCAACGACCAGAAGUGGUACGUCGUGGCCUCCUGCAUCGGCUCCUUCUUCGCCCCCUGCCUCAUCAUGAUCCUCGUCUACGUGCGCAUCUACCAGAUCGCCAAGCGCCGCACGCGCGUGCCCGCCGCGCGCGCCCGCCCCCGCCGCCCCCGCCGGGACCGCGCCCGCCCCAACGGGCUCCCGCUCCCGCCGCCGCCGCCGCCGCCGCCGGCCAAGCUCAACGGCGCCGCGGAGGCGCGCGCGGCGGGGGCGCCCGCCGCGGGGGCGCGCGCCGGGGAGCCGGACGACAGCGCCCCCUGCCGCCCGGAGGCCAACGGCCCGGACCCCGACGACAGCUCGUCGUCCGAGCGGGCCGAGCGGCCCCCCGACGGUCCCGGCCCCGCUGCCCCCGCCGCCGCUGCCCCCGUCGCCGCCGCCGCCGCCGCCUCCUCCUCCUCCCCGCCGCCGCCCCGCCGGCCCUCCAAGCCCAAGACCGGCCGCGUCCAGCCCGGCCCCCCCCCCCCCCCCCCCCGCCGCCCCGACGACGACGACGACGACGACGACGGGCAGCGCGGGGCCAAGGGGUCGCGCUGGCGCGGGCGGCAGAACCGCGAGAAGCGCUUCACCUUCGUGCUGGCCGUCGUCAUCGGCGUCUUCGUCGUCUGCUGGUUCCCCUUCUUCUUCACCUACACGCUGACCGCCCUGUGCUGCGCCGUCCCGCGGACCCUCUUCAAGUUCUUCUUCUGGUUCGGCUACUGCAACAGCUCCCUCAACCCCGUCAUCUACACCAUCUUCAACCACGACUUCCGCAGGGCCUUCAAGAAGAUCCUCUGCCGGGUGGACGGGAAGCGGAUGGUCUGAGGGGCGGACACCCCGUCGGGCCGGCCGGGCCUCCCACCCCCCCCCGGGGGCGGGCGGGGCUGGACG